UCCUUCAGACUUAAGCAGCAGCAGCAGAGAACAAGACUGACACUGAAACAACAACCUGAGGCACUACAUCUGACACACUCCAACCACCAGGAUGCUCUGCGCUUACAUUUUCAUGUUGCUGACCCUGAGCAGAGUAGGGCUGGGCUCUCUGCAGGACAAACAGACUGACUUUGGCCUGAAGGUAUUCCUCCAGCUCAGCCAGGGCUCUGUGGACAAGAACCUGGCCUUCUCCCCAUAUGGUGUGGCCUCUGUCCUGUCCAUGGCUCAGCUUGGCGCCGCCGGAAAUACCCGUAAGGCCUUGACCACUGCAAUGGGCUUUUCUCUGCAAGAGCGAGGGAUGUCACGGCAGCAGCGUCUUCUGCAGCGGGAUCUGUCCAGUGAGGAGGGCGUGGAGAUAGCUGGUGGGGUGAUGGUGGAGAGGAAGAUGAGUCUGGAGAAGGGAUACCGCCGUGCCCUGGCCAAGGCCUUCCAGACCCACCCACACCAGAUGGACUUCACUAAGCCAGACCAGGCGGUUGCCAUCAUCAACUCGUGGGUCUCAGACCACACUGCAGGUUCCAUCCCUGAGUUCUUGGCAGCUGGAUCUCUGACUGAUGAGACCCGCCUGGUCCUCCUCAAUGCUCUUCAUUUCCAGGGCCUCUGGAAAGUUCCCUUUGACCCCAGACUGACACAGGAGAGGAUGUUUCAUUGUGCCAAUGGCAGCACUGUGCCCGUGCACAUGAUGAGACUCACAAACCACUUCAGUUAUGGUGAGUUUGUAACUACUGACGGGGUGGACUAUGAUGUCAUUGAGGUUCCAUAUGAGGGUGAGUCACUCAGCAUGCUCCUAGUGUCACCCUUUGAGCCAGAAGUCCCACUGAGUGUGCUCAGUGCAGAUCUGAGCAGCAAGAGGAUUAAGCAGUGGAGGGCAGAACUGAGGAACGUCAAGCGGCAGCUGGCCAUGCCCAGGUUUACUCUGAACUCUGAGGUGAAUUUGAAAACAGCUCUGCUUAACAUGGGUCUGGGAGACAUGUUCAGUCUGGCUACUGCUGACUUCACACGCAUCACCACUGAUGAAAGGCUGUGUGUGUCCAAAGUCCUCCAGAGAGUGAAGAUUGAGGUGAAUGAGCGAGGAACAAAGGGAGCGGCAGCAACAGCCGCUGUCAUGUUUUCUCGUAUGGCAGUGGAGGAGAUCACUCUGGACCGACCCUUCCUCUUCCUCAUCCAGCACAAACACACAGGUGCUGUUCUGUUCAUGGGUCAGUUCAAUGAGCCUCAGGAACAAUAAGCCGUGGAUCUGUCUGAAUACUGCUUCUCAUACGCUACAUGAUGACCACACCAGACCACCAGGAUUCAUAUGACAGGACAGACAAUGGAAACAGGAGUUUAUAUGGAUGUUGUUUAUUUAUUUCUCUGAAUGUUUGUGGUUGACAAGACAGGAAGAAAUAUGAAGGAAGGUGAACAAAUUAGGUUGUUUACUGUUGUUUGACUCAAUAGUCACUGAUGCACUUCACAUAGCAAAAUGUUGCUGCACACAGACUGGUGGCUGCAUCAGUACAAAAAAAAGAUGUAUUUUUCUCUAUUUUUACAAUGUUGAAUUUAUUGUCUAUUGGUGUUAAGUUGCAGUUAUAUUUUUGCAGUAUUUAUAUUUAUUAAAAUUCUAUGUUUUUACAUAA